AUGGAGGAGGAUGGAUCUGUUGUGUCAAUGGAGUCCAGGUUGGAAGCAGCGAAUAUGUGUCAGAGGGUGUUGGCAAAGAUGUUGGAAAAUGACGUUGGUGGCGUUAUCGGAAAGACGGAUACGUGCCCUGGCUGGUGGGCUUUGCCUACUCCAUUGAGCUAUCUGACAAGAUACGUGAAGGUGUCAUACUCAUCAUUUUCAUCAUUUGGGCAUAUCAAUCCUUGUGCCUUUAUCUGGUUUGCAAGGGAUCAUGCAGCGGCGAUCUUGUUUGCGGUGACAAUAAGGGCGGGUGAUCCAUUGAAGGAAACUUUGCUGUGUCCUGGACAAGGACCCAUGUGGAAAGAUGAUGGGACGGCGGUGGAGGGCAAGCCGCCAAAUUCAAACCACAGGCAUUUUGUUCGUCAAUGUUAUUGUCCUUGUCUAUUUGAUGCCCUUGGAAAAGUAGAGUUCGGGGGAAAGGGUAUUAAGGCAAACCCAUUUGAUGAAUGUGAGUUGCUGUUGGACGGUGGAUAUGAUGAGACCUUUGCUACGGAUUCGGUGGUCUCCAUUACUCGCCCGCGUGGGAAGGAUGGUCGAUUUGUCCCGGGAGAUGUGGUGAUAGUGAAGGCAACAGGUGUGGAGAAGGUGGUGGCUGUUGUGCACCAGAAGUCAUACUGGGUCGUUGGACUUGGUGGUUGACAGUUGGUGUUGAAUGAUGAAGUUCGGGAUGCAAAAAGGGUGGUGUAGGGGUUGUCCGUUUGGUUGAUGAUCUCAGUUGUAAUGCGUAUUGCGGGUAUCUGAUGUGUAAAGAUUGGGGUGGGAGGUUAGGGGCGGUCGCUGGCAUUUUUUUGUUUGUUGAAAGGUUGGAGGAGGAGAUGUACGGGGUCAGUGAUCAAUACUUUGUUGACGCAUUGAAAUAAUGAGUUUUAGUACUUUGCAAUACGGGUGUUUGUUCAUUUUGUUUACGGUUGGCGAAGAGAAUCGUUUGAAGCAUU